AUGGCGGCCCAGCGCGGAGCGGGUGGGACUUGGCUAAGAGAGAUCCUGAGGAGGCAGCGAAGACAUGAAGCGCGACGAGAUUCCCUUGCAGCCGGUCAUGUCAGAUCGCCCAGGCUGGCUGAAGGCACUCGUAAGACACCAAAGACACCCAAAACACCGAAGAAGCUCGCCAACCUCACCGAUCCUUCGAGCCCAGCAGCCUCAAGUGCUAACGCUCCCUCGGAGCUAGUCCCUCACCUCUCGCAAGAUCCCUUCACCUCCGUCCUUCCUUCUCUCUCAAACUUCACCCUCCAUGCGCUCGAGUCCCUCAAGUUCAAGUACAUGGCCCCUGUGCAAAAGAUGGUCAUCCCCCUACUCCUGUCCAGCAAGGAUGUGGUGGUGGAGGCACCGACGGGCUCGGGCAAGACAGUUGCCUUCCUCGUGCCAGCUUUCGAGCUUCUCGCUCGCAGCAGUGAUACCCUAGACAAGACUGAUAUAGGUUCUCUGAUUAUCGCGCCGACCCGAGAGCUUGCCUUGCAGAUUGAAUCACUGUCUGCCGUCUUCUCCUCCCACUGCUCCUUUCCCAGCCACUCGUUCGUCGGGGGUUCGAAUGAGACGAACAACAUGCGGCGCUUCAAGGAGCUGGGAGGCAACGUCUUGAUCGCGACCCCUGGGAGAUUCAUCGAGACGAUCAGCAAGAAGAACCUGACGGGAAAGGGGACGAGUGGGAUCGACGCGCUGAGAUCCCUCCAGCUUCUCGUCCUCGACGAGGCUGAUAGACUGCUCCACAUGGGCUUCGAACAGCAGCUCACGAGGAUUUUCUCCCUUAUCCCCAAACAGCGAAGUUUCACCGCCUCUGACAGGACGGGCUUGUUUUCUGCUACGAUGACGUCAUCGUUGACGGAGCUCGUGCGAGUCGGGAUGCGGAAUCCUUGCCGAGUCGCAGUCACUGUGAAGGGAAAGGAAGGACAAGCUCUAACGACUCCAGUCGAACUCUCGCACUACUACAUGGAAGUUGCUCCCCGUCAGAGGUUGAAUCAGUUGAUUCAUCUCCUAAUCACUCUCAAGGAAAAGAAGGCGGGGAAGAUCAUCAUUUUCUUUCUGACGUGCUGGGCUGUUGAUUACUUCGCUCGGAUCCUACCGAAGCUCAAGACUUGUCAAGGGCUCCACUUUGUGGGUUUGCACGGCAAGCUGGACCAGAAGAAACGGAGCAAAGCAGUAGAAGAGCUGAGAAACUCGAAAGAGGCUAUUCUCCUCUGCACGGACGUGGCGGCCAGGGGGUUGGACUUCGAUGACAUUUCGUGGGUCAUUCAGUUCGACCCUCCGCAAGAUCCUGACUUCUUCGUUCAUCGCGUGGGGAGAGCGGGGAGGAUGGGGAGACGUGGAAAAUCUGUUAUCUUCCUCGCUCCGAGCGAGAUUGACUACAUCCAGAUGGUCGAGUCGCGGAACAUGAAGUUAGAGGAGAUUCCAUGUUCUGCCGAUGCUCGAGACGUCUUACAGGAGAUCAGAAGUCUUGUCCGGGAGGAUAGAGAUCUCAUGAGGAGAGGGCAGCGCACUUUCGUUUCUAUCGGUCACGGGAUGAGUCUCGGGCUGCUCCAGCUCCCCUACAUGCGCGAACUCCUUCAAGCUGGAGCCACGGCCAAGCGACGGAUGCUCUUGCUGCCCGGGUUUGAACCCGAGGAGAUCGACUUGGACAGCAUCGCGUUCAAGGACGCGAAGCGGGAGAAGGAGCGGCAGGAGCAGCUUAAGAACGAAGAGGACGAGAGGGACAAGCAGGCGAAGAAGAGGCGAGCAGCAAGGAAUGCACAGAGCUGGAGCAAGAAGCUCGACAAGAUGGAGAGGAGGCAGAAGAAGAAGGCCAGAAAGGAGCGAGUCCUCACCGUCCCUCAGGUGCGGGAGGAGGAGCUGAGCGACGACGAGAUCGAGCAGAUGCGCAAGGAGUACGCGCUGCUCAAGAAGAUGAAGAAGGGGAAACUGCCAGUGAACCAGCUGGACCAGGAGCUGGAUGAGAGCGCGAACUCCCUGUGA